AUGGCCCUCCGGCGACAAAGCCAGGACAGUUUUGCGCUCCAGACAGGCUCUCCCACAAGUCAGGGUUACACCGACUACGACUUGGAAACGCAGAAUCGGCGUGGGUCAGACAUGGGCAGGACUACUCGGUACCAUACGCGCCGGCGACCUUUUAACCAGGACGAGUUUGACGGGCCUUCGCAACUCCUUCCGCUACCAUUGCCACAGCAAGAACAUGCCAGGUCCCAGGCACUUCCCGCCCUUCCGGUCCAUCUAGGCAUUGAGGAACAGGAUGAGAUCAUGCUGCGCGUGAACGACAUUCUUUCGCGCUGCGCAUUCCAUUUUGUGGCAAAAUAUCAGUUUCCUAUUCCUCUCGAGCGGGAUAAGCCUCGAGUUAGAACACCAGAGGAUCGGGAGUGGACAGAAUGGGCUUACCUUUUGAAGAGAUUAGCCACAAAGCGAAGGAUACCAGCCCGCGUUCUCUACGACAACCAGAUCAAACAAUUUGUGACAACCUUGGAGAAUUCGAUUGCGGUGAGACAGAUCACCAGGGAUCAGCAGGUCAGAAGACCGAGAGAUGACCGGUACAUGCUGCAACUUGUCAGUGCUGGCACGCAGGUUGCUAAAAUCAUGAUGGACUCCUUAUCUAUGGAACAGCUUGAUUCUCUAUAUAGGCAGACGGAGAACGUGAUCCUGGAACGGAGGGCCAGACUCAGAGGACUGGGGCUACAAUGA